AAGCAGAGCGACCCCGCCGAUGCGCCGGGCGCUGCGCCGGGCGCUGCGCGCGCUAGCGCCGAGGCCGGCGAUGGCGCAGGACGCCAGCGGGCUGCUGCGCUUGGGGCAGAACGCCACGCAGAUGGCCUCCGAGCAGCUGGGAAGGCUCUCGCAGCAGGUGGGGCAGGCGGCCUCGAAGCGCGACUGCAUCUCGUGCGGGGAGGCCUACCUCUGGGCAGGCAUGCUGUCCUGUGCGGAGUGCCGUCAGCCGGUGUGCCGGGAAUGCUGGACCAGCUUCUCACUGCUGGGCCCAGCGGCUCCAAAGGAGCGCCAGGUCCACUGCAAAAGCUGCAAGGAACUCGUCAGACAGAGAGUCCGGGAGCGCAACGUCCAACUGCGACGGCAGCGGUCAGAGGCCUACCUCGCUGGUCGCCUGGAGCCCUUCGCCUACGACCCAGAGAGCAAACUAGAGACGACAGUGCGGCUCAGUGGCCAUGUGAUGACCGGCCUCAACAAAGUCUCGGGCUUCUUGCCCUGGGGCCAGGCGGCGCAGGCCAUCCGCGCCGGGUACUACGUGGUGAGGUAUGGCCCACUCAUCUUCGCGGGGAACGAGAUCCUGGAGUCCUUUCAGUUGAUCUUUGGCCUCGCCAAGAAACUGGAGAUGCCUGCCUACCACCGCCUGACCUCCCCCGACUUCUUUGGGGGCCUUUACUACAGCAUGGCCGAGCACUGGGGUGAGCGAGGCCGCGCCCCGCAGAUGGAGACGGCGCAGCAUUCACAGGGCGGCCAGGUGCCGGAAGUGGACCGGGCGCUGCUGCUGACGCUGCGGCAUUUGGUGCGCCUACUCCUCGUCUCCAAGGAGGACUCGGCCACGGACGCCCAGCGGCUGCUGCGGCAGGCGAUGCCCGGGGCGGAGCUGGUGCUGGCGGAGCUGUCCAAUAGCUCCACCAUUCCCAGCUUCUUCCUGGUCUGUGCCAGAGGUGCAAAGGCCGCGUACCUGGUGAUGCCCGGCACGCGGAACGUCGCGGACAUCGCCACGGACUCCAACGCCACGGAGGAGCCGUUCGGCGAGGGCCAGGGCCACAAGGGCAUCGUGCAGUCCGCGCGGUGGAUGGCAGAGGAGGUGGGCCCGGUGCUGCUGGACCUGCACAACGCAGGCUACCGGGUGACCAUCUUGGGCCACUCUCUGGGUGCGGGCGUGGGGGCCUUUCUGACGCUCAUGCUCCGCCCGCAGAUGCCGAACCUUUAUUGCUAUGGCUUCGGAACGCCGGCCUGCGUGGAUGAGGACUUGCUGCCUAGCUUUUUGGGGUGCAUGAUCUCAGUGGUGAACCGGGACGACUUGAUCCCCCGGCUGAGCCUGAAGUCGGUGCAGGAGCUCAUGCAGUCGGUGCUCUGCCCCGGGCAAGUGGCCAAGACGAAGGCCUGGAUGCAAGAAGACUGGCAAGCCAUCAAGGACUUGGAGCGCAUCGUGGAGCUGAGACGCCGACCCGCGCAGGAGGGCGCGCCCGCUCCCGAGGGCGAGGAGGAGAUGAAGCUGCUGCAACUGAUGGAGGCGGGGGUGGACCGGGACCGCGCGCUGCGGGCCCUGCGCGCGGAGAACGGGGACCUGAACAGCGCCAUGCUGCGGGCCACCGCCGAGGAGGUGGAAAGCCCCGCCAACGAGGCGCCGCCUUCCGCCCCGCCGGAGCCGCCCACGUCUGAUCCGGCGGCGCGGGCGCAGGCGGCCAUGAGUUGGCUGGGUGGCCGCUUGCAGGAGGCCUCGCAGCAGGUGGCACACUCGGCGCAGCAAGUGGCCGCCGGCCUGCACCGAGGAAGCCGCGAGGAGCCGCCUCCUCUUCCGCCCCCGCGGGAGCAGAACCCGUUCCUCGUCCCAGGUCAGGUGAUCCACCUCUACCGACGCAACGGCCUGGGCCGCGCCGCGCGCUGCGAGGCCACCCACGAGGCCCUCACCCACAUCGUGCCCUCCAAGGACAUGCUGACGGACCACAAGAUGCAGUCCUACGCGCGUGCGCUGCACCAGGCCUGCAUCCAGGAGCCCAAAGCGCCUGAAUGGGAGUCCUUCGAGGCGCGGGAGCUCUGCGCCUGCUGCAACGCGGACUUCAGCUGGGCCUACGUCCUGCAUAGCGAGCCCCAGAAGAUGCUCUCGAGGCAUCACUGCUUCGCCUGCGGCCGCGUUGUCUGCGAGGGCUGCUCGAGGAAGAGGCUCGCGCACGAGCACUUGGGCUUCCAGCUUCCUGUGCGGACUUGCGACAGCUGCGCCUUCGCCCAGUUCGAGGGCGCGGACGAGGCCUUGGUGGCCUUUGCCAACGAGGAGGAGGCGGCGAAGCUGGCGGCGUCGUCGUGCUGACGGCCUGACGCCCGGCACACGUAAAGCCACAGAGACAGCGUGGUUCUUUUUUUUGGUGCUACUGUGGA